ACAUCAUCAAGACAAAAGGUUCCGAAACAGGUGAUUGAAACAAUGUCAACAAUAACAUUGAACCUUUAGAUCUACCAACAGGUUAUCAUAUUUUAAGCAUACACAAGAACAAAGGAUAUUCAUUACAAGACAUUUGUUCCGUUUUUAUCAUUAGAUAACCGUAGUGCAGCAUCAAUGAUCCCUAGUGAGUUUCAUUGAGGAAGCCAUGUAAUGGAUGGAGUACCACAGCAGCCCAAGGAUGAGGGUACUCCUGAAAAUCCUGGAGGGGCAGUUGAGGAUGAGGAAAAAAGGACGAGCGAAGAAAGUCCAUCUACUGGUCCAGAACCACAAUCAGUUGCACAGUAUUUUAGUAAAAUCAAUGCUCUUAGUAAGAAAAAACAACAUAAAGAGGCAUUAAUUGUUUGUAAUGAAGCUCUCACUAAUUAUCCUGGGAAUUCAAGAUUACUGGAAAAGAAAACCAAAUUACUAUGUCAGCUCCUUUUAUUUCAAGAUGCGUUUAAGUUUGUUGAAGAGUGGAUUCAUUUAGAUCCUCAGAAUUCUAUAGCAAAAAGAGAAUUUGAAAAAUUGAAAAUUAUAUUGAAUGCCGUUGAGGGACCAGACUCAGAUGAGGAGGCUGAAGGGGAUUCCUUUAAUCAGGAAUUUGAAAGUGAUUCCCAUGGAUUAGAGAAAGGAGAGGCUUCUAACAAGGGCAAUAAUAAUGUAAAACAUAAUGAUAUUAAUAGCGUUAGACUUGGUCACACUUCUUAUGGAGAUGUUGACACAGCUGGUAGUGUCAACAAAUCUUCAAAGUCUACUGGAAAGUCACCUCAGCACAAAAACAAUGAGGACUCAGUCCCUCAGUAUGCCUGCAACUCUUGUGAGAUCAGUUUUACAGAUAAAGAUGAUUUGGAGAUGCACAAUCUCAGCUUCUUUCAUAAGCAGAAUGUUGCAGAAGAUGCAGCCAAUCAGUGGCAGUAUAGGGCCCCGCCUAGAGGACUGGCUAGUGACGAGUACAGUUUGUGUAAAAGGUUUAUGGACACAGGUAGAUGCACGUUUGGUGAAAAGUGCACAAGAGCUCACUCAGAGGCUGAACUGGAAGAAUGGAACCAUAGAUAUGCAGUAAGAAAGCAGCAGCUACUGCAGUCGCAGGAAGCCAGAGCUCAUGGUGGGACAUACAUAGAGCAGCUGUUAGAGAAGCUGAUGUCUCAAGAUUCCCCCAAGAUGGUGCUUGUGGAGAAUAUGGAUCUAGUUAAAAUUCAUGUGAACUCUGACCUUAAAGUUAGCAUGUCUACCAAGAAAUGUACAAAUGCUUGGACCUUCACAGUAACCAGCAAGCUGUGCCUCCAUUUUGUUGCUCUUAUGUCUGACACCAACAGAAGCUAUUUCCACAUCUCUAGCAUAUCAGUUGGUCCAAGGAAGACACAAAAGUAUCAGAACUUAGAAAACCAAUGUCAGGAGUGGGCCAAUCAAGACACUCAAAGUAAAGGGCAAGGGGAAUAUGUCUACAGAGUCAAAGUUGUGUUUAAAACUGAGAUCUAUGGAACAUUUCGUCAAUCCAUUGUUUUUGACUUUGGUGUGGAGGUGAUCUUGAUGAAGGAAGUUCAAGUAGAGUCAGCUCCAGCAACUGACUUGGAAAAGAUCCGUAAAGAAAUAACAUUGACUGAGGCACAUAGAUGGAAUGAAAGUACUGUUACUUUAGUCAAUUUUGAACCUAGACCUGUCUCAUACAGUGAGUCUGAAGCAGCACUCAUGGCGAAAUACACUCUUCCAAGACCUGAUAAAUUCUGUCUGCCUGAGACAGUUUUACAAAGUCUGAGCAAAGAGAACUAUCGCCUUUGGAUGCAUGAAAUGCUGUACAUUGAAGAAAUGGAUCAGGUCAAAUAUGUGUCCAGGUUCAAUGUGACGACCUCCCUUCAACUAGUGAACAGAUUUCUCCUCAUGCCUAGUUUGUUACCAACUGCUAAAUAUGCUCAUGGGGGAGAGCUUUUUGCUCGCAUGAAGCUUGAAGACGACCUUUCAGAAGACUCCAUGGCUGGCAGACUUAUUCUUCAAUCUUCUAAUAUUGCCUGGAUUGCUGAUGCUAAAAAGGAACGUCCUGAAAAAGUGUAUGAAGCCAUCAUAGAAGACAAAGGAAAAAACUUUAUUUUUAUGAGACUAUCUAAGCCUUGUGUUGAGGAACUUGGCUUGUCUUGUGAUCAAGAAUUUACUGCUCAGAUACAGUUUCAACUGAACAGACUUCCAAUGUGUGAAAUGCAUUCAGCUGUGGACAGGCUUCCUACACUUGACAUUGUUUUUCCAGAUCUUGACAAUGUACCAGAGAAAUUAGAACUAGAAGAUAUUGAGCUCAAAGAUAUCAGUGAAGGGAAGCAACUUAAUGAAAAACAGAAAGAUGCUGUAAAGCUGAUAUUGGCCAGCCAGAAGAUUAAAUUGCCUCCCCUUUUGAUUGUAGGACCUUUUGGUACUGGUAAAACAUUUACAAUGGCCCAGGCAGCCAAACAGGUCUUAAAACAAACAGGGACUAGAAUAUUGAUUUGCACUCACUCCAACAGUGCUGCGGACUUGUACAUUAAAGAGUUCCUCCAUAAUUAUGUGGUGACGGAUGAACAGGCCAGGCCACUCAGGAUCAUGUACAAGUACAGGUGGAUCCAGACUGUUCCAGAGGUUGUAUUAGAGUACACAUUGUUGGAGAGAGAGGGUCCUAUGGCUGGGACUUUCAGGGCACCCACUGUUGAGGAUGUUAUGAAACACAGGAUCAUCAUCACCACACUCAACAGUGCUAGAUAUGUGGUGGAUUUAGAUUUACCUAAAGAUGCUUUCAGUCAUAUAUUUAUAGAUGAAGCUGCACAGUCUUUAGAAAGUGAGACAAUCAUUCCUCUUUCUGUUGCUCAUGAGAAAACAAGAAUUGUUUUUGCCGGUGAUCAUAUGCAGAUGAGUCCUGAGGUGUAUUCAGAUUUUACAAGGCAGCAAGGAUUUCAUACUUCAUUACUAGAGAGAUUACAUGAGCUCUAUCCUAAAGAAUGUGUAUAUAUGGUGAUGCUAUGUGAAAACUAUAGAGCCCAUGCCUCUAUUGUAGACUUUACCUCAGAACUAUUCUAUGACAAUAAACUCAUUCCCAGUGGUAACAUAGUUGCUCAUGACCAGUUUUAUCCUCUGACAUUUUACGCUGCCAAAGGAGAAGAGAUUCAACAUGAAAACAGCACUGGCUUCUACAAUCUUUCAGAGGUGUAUGAGAUAGUGGAGAGAGUUGAUGAGCUGAAGAAAAAAUGGCCUGAAGCUUGGGGGGCAUUUGAUAACAAUGGAAUAAGUAUUGUGGCACCUUACUCAGAUCAGGUUGCUAGGAUACGAGCUGAGUUGAGGAAAAGGAAAUUGUUUAAUGUUAAUGUUGAAAGAGUAUCAAAUGUACAAGGCAAGCAGUACAGGGCCAUAAUGAUCUCUAUAACUAGAACUAGGCUGACUUGUCGCUCUGACCCCAACAUGAACAUGGAGGAGUACCUAGACUUUGGUUUCUUAUCUAACAUUAAGUUAUUGAACACAGCCAUUACUCGAGCUCAGUCCUUGGUUGUAGUGGUUGGGGACCCAGUUUCUGUCUGUCUGGUUGGAAAGUGCAGGAAAGUUUGGGAGUAUUUUCUAGAGGUAUGUCACUUCAAUAAUAGCCUUCAUGGCAUUUCAUGGAUUCCUUUGAGAGAACAGUUGGACAGAGCAGAACUAACAAAAUCUUUUGUCCUUAACCCCCUGGCUCCAGAGUUUGUACCCAGUCGUCCAUAUCACAAUCCCCAUAUUAAUCAUCAAGAUCAUGGAUUAUUCUACCCUGGUAUUCAUUUAGGAAACUGGCCUGCAGUCAUACCUGGACAACCCUUUCCCCAGAUGUUUCCUCCACUGUAUCAACAGCCUAUGUACUUCCCUUACAACCCUGGCCUGAUGCCAGCAAUGCACUAUCCACCUUCAUUUGGCGGAAGGGGUUUCCUACACAACAGGCAAAUAUUUAAUCGAUUUAUGUCACAUGGUAGUUUUCCACACAGCAGAGGUGGUGGGCCUAUGAGAGAAGGCUUAACUCGAACAGUAGAAAUGCCAGGAGGGCGAGGUAUUAGGCAACACAGAAGUGCUGGAAAGCCUAUGUACUACAGCCCACCUCGAGUUCAACCUUUUGCCACUGUGCCUGGUUAUUCUUCUAUGAUGCAGCCACAACCAGCAGGGGGAUUUUUUUACCAUGUGCCAGAUGAUCCUCGGGCACUUGCAUUUGCACCUGUCCAGCCUAAUUUACAAUCUUAUUUGGCUCCUACCUCUCAGUUUCCUGGCCAGGGUCUUCGCCCACAAUCCUUAGCAGCUUUUACUGGCUUGCCCCAUCAUCAGGGUGGCUUCCAUCCUUUCCCUACUCAAGUUUAUCCAGCUGCUACCUUUAACGGAGGUAAAGUUUACAUGACAAGAGAUCGAUCAGAUACUGCAGACAGCUCAGGUAGUCCUAGAUUGUCAGACUCUCCAAGUUCUGGAAUUCAGCUUUUACCUAAUGUUAAGCAUGUUCCUGCCCAUCUUUUAGGGAGACCAGGAGAAACCAUUGACCAGCCAAGUAGUAAUCCCACAAGCCCACCCACAAACCUGCCCAUUCGAGAAGAAAGAGCACAAUUAUCAAAUCGGUCAUACAGCCCUGCUAAUUUCAUUAGAGAUAGGUCAGGAUCAGGUGACAUCAGAUCCUAUAGUCCUGCCAGUUUUAUUAGAGACAGAACAUCCUCUUUAGAUGAUCUCAGUAGCAGAAGAUCAUUCAGUCCUGCAAACUACACACAAGAUGAGCAUGCCAGUUCAGGAAAUAAUGCUCAGUUAAGUCAUGAGAGAUCGUUGUCCAUAUCUCCUCCAUCUAACCAGACAAACGGAAACAGUGGCAGUGGUAUCAGUGAACAACAUGAGUCUAGGGCUGCAAACACCAAUGGUGGAUCUAGGCUCAACAAUCGUAGGCAAAAACCCAACUUGAUGCUCCGAACUGGCUUCAGCAGACAGUAUAGUGAUGACCUUCCCACCCCCACUGUCAUCACCAACAUGAUUCAGAUGAUAGAUGAUAACAUAGAUGAAGGCUCAGCAGAUGAUGAGUCCUCUUCUCUUGAGCGUGGAAGUAACAGGAGAAAUCUGAGGCUUAAAAUGUCUGUUGCCCAGAGAAUGCAGCAGUGGCAAGUGGCAGAGAAUAGUGAGGCUUCCUCUUCGUCAACGCCACCUUCUACAGAAGAAGCACAUCCAUCUUACAGUACAGGCAUUCUAGGAGGUGUUCAAAGGCAGGAGCGAACUGCAGAAGAAGUUGCCCAGCUGGAGAUCCAAACUCCAAGAACACCGAAAGGCUUCAUCACCCCUGGAGUUGAUGUUGAAGUAGAUCCUUUUGGCAUUUUGAAAUCAAUUAACAUUGGUGGAGCCCAUCCUUGAUGUGUUAUCAGUCGCAGCAGCAUGUUUCUGGAGUAUGGUGUUUCAAUAAUCACUGCAGCAAAUAAACAUGACAGGCUUUUUUUUAAAGACCAUAAAACACUCAUAACUUACAAUGACAUCAUUAUUAACAUCUUAAUGUUAGGGCUUGGUACCAUAACAUCUCUUUAGAAGACUUGGUCAUUGUUCAGGUGUCACAGUAAGAAACCUUGUGUAUUUAACUAUAAUUGUGCAUGUGAUCCUUUCAAUUAUGUGUUGUAAUUUUGGUGAGCUUCUCCAUGCAUAUAAAUAGGGUCACAGGCCCUUAUGGUAUUUGUUGAUGUUGUCUCUCUUUUUUUUACAGCUUUUUCCCCCUCUCCAUUGACCAGAAAUUCUGCAGAAUUUAGAAUGUGAAGUGAAAUCUUCACUUUGAUGCAGUGUUUAUAUGUAAACAAGUUUGUUUUGUACAUUUAUCUUUUGUUUUUAAUGAUGUGUUUAUAAAAAAACACAAAAAGUUGCUAUAGUUUCAAGAACUGUGAUGCUAUCUUGUAUUGUUGUUCAAUUUUGUUGAAUGUGUUGAACUUCUUCAGCAGCAACACUGUGGGAUACUGUAUAUAGUCUACACUAGUGACACAGUCAUAAUAGUUCACUUAGUGGACCUUCUUUGACUUAACGUGAAUUUUGUGAAUAGAGAGCUGAAAAUGUGUAAAUAGUGAACAUGAGCUAGGUAUGACCUGAAGCAAGGUCGUAUGAGAGAACAAGAGUUUUUGUUAGUUGGAUAAUUUCCAUGAUGAUAUUUAAUGAACAUAACUUUUUGCUUCACUUAAAAUACUUUCAUAUUGGACUAAGUCCAUUACUUGAAUUUACAUAAAUUAAUAACUUCAAUUUACUAACUUCAACUAAAACUUGACUUGUUUCUUCUACUGACAAUUUCAACUUAUACAACUUGACUUACUAUUACAACUGACUUUCAACUCCAACUAAGUUCUACUUAACUCAACUUACUAUUUCAACUAACACCUUCCAACUGUCGACUUACUUCUUCUCCAAAACUCUCCAACUAAUUAUUUUAAACUGGUCAACUCAAACUCUCCAUUUCUCAUACAACCUUUCUUCUGGUCAUACCUAACUCCUGUUCACUAUUUACAUUUUCACACUCUGUAUUCACAAAAUUCACUAAAGUAACAUUAAAUCCAAUAAGUCCACUAUUUUGACUGUGACAACUAUCUAUGUGUGCCAUUUAGUUAUGUUUUAGUACAGAAAGGCUUUGUUUUCUUUCAAUUGCUCAUUUAGUGUUCAACUGUUACACUACAGAAUGAUGUCAUGGGUCUCUAUUUUGUGUGCCUUGGAUCACCUUUUUGUUGUUUGGAUAGUUCUCUUAGUUUACAUAAGUUUAUUUCUUUCAAUACCAAUUCACUUCAACUGACUACAUUGUGUUUAACAGAACAGUAGGGACAAGGAAACACUCUGUUAAGAAAUAUGCACACACUAAGCACAAUGGUGGAGAUAAUUCAAUCAAGAAAACAUAGUUGGUUCUAACUGGUUUAAGUGGAGUUUUUUUUAUUAUUUUGCUUUUUUUCCCCCCUUUAAGCUUUAUUAUUAUUUGUUAAAAACUAAUCUACAAUCCUUUGAGCAUAUUUUAGCUUGAUCUUUGUGUAUGUGGUGAAGAUAAUUAUAAAACACAUGUAUGUUAAGCUGAAUUAAAAAAACAUUUUAAAAUAUAUUUUAAUUUUAAAAUAAAAUAUAUCUUCUUUCUUAAUUAUUUUUUUUUUGUGCACCCAGAAUAUAAUACAAGAUAAUCACAGCUUAAAUUCACAGCAUAUAUAUAUAUAAGUGCACUUUUUUUUUUUUUAAAAAGCUGAUUCUAUUGUAAAUUAUAUACCUUGAUGAUACCUCCAUACCAGUAAAAAAAAAAGAGAUGGUACAGUGGCAUGCUUUAUAUGUUAUACUCUUACUAAAAAAACUAAACACUAGUAUAAGAGGUGUAAAGUUUAAAAAAUGAAUAGUGACUUUCAAUAUGUAAAUUAUGUGCUAUAAUUAGCACAACAUAAAAGAGAUCUUUAGAACUUAAAUUUCAUAAAUAAUUAUAAAUAAUUUUGCUUCUAGACUAGUAGGAGAUUCUAUAGAUGCAUUAGAUAUUUAAUAAACAUUUCAUUUUAAUUUGAUUUAUUGAAAACAAGUUCAAAAUGAAUUCUAUUAUUAUUUUCUGUUUUGUUGUAAGUACUGCUAUAAACAGCCAUAUUUUGUGUAUUUGACAUGACUGAGUUAAGACUCCUACCUCGUAUAAAACUCUUGUUGGCACUCACAGUAAACAUUAGCAUUGGAAAUGGACCCUGAUUAAAAUGAGGAUUUCAAUGGAAGAUGGGACUAUACAUUGAAGUUCAUAUGAAAUAAGUGUGUACUCAUCUUUAACACUGAAAGAGGAGCUUUAAUUAGCAUUGGAUCAGUCUGUAGUCUGAAAUUGUUCACAUUUUAAAAACAUUUACUGCUGAUGUAAUAUCACAGUCUAAGAGUUUGACAAAUUUAAUGAUAAACACUUAAUAAUCCUUUUCAUUUUUAUCCACAAAUGUGAUACUUUUCGUUUUUUUUUUGUUGAAAGUUUUGAUUUAAAAAAAUCAUUCUAUCUAAAUGUUUUAUCUCCCCUGUUAUGUGUUCAUCCUCUAAAAAUUUUCUUUGAAAGAAUUUAAUUUGUCCCUUUCUUGUUGUAAAAGGAUCAGUAGCUUUUGAUUCUUAUAUGUGAAAAUGUUUUUGUUUUUUUUAAAUUGAAAUUUCAUUGACUACAGAAUGUAUAUAUGUAGCCAACAAAAUUUUUAUAAUGUUCAACACCAAUAUUACAAUCUAUGGUAUCUUGUUACAUAAGUAAACUGAACUCAAACUAUUGAUAGUGUACCUGAUUUAUUCUAGAACAUGGAAGAAACUUGAUUGUUUUGUGGAAGCUAAAGAUAUGCUUUUGAUCUCUUUUUUUUUCUUUAAGAACAAACAUAAGAUUAUAUAUUUUGUUUCAGAUUUCAUGAAAACUUUUAAUUGUGAGUAACAUUGCUGAAGAUUAUUUCUUUUGUCAUUUGAUUUUACAUAAGUUAGUACGAAUGUCUUUUUGUUCUUGGAAACAAUUAGUUGAUUCUUUAAGCUUGUUAUUAAAAAAUUACUGUUUAUUUACUAUAAAAUAAAAUAUAUAUUUGAACUAAUUUUCAAGAAAAACAUUAAAAAAUACAUUUUUUAAAAUGACAAUACCUCCCUUAUACAACUUAAAAUAAAUGAAAUAUUUAAAAAAAAUAAAUAUUUAGCUCUAAUCGGGCAUCGAACUUCUGAUUUUGACACCAUCAGCUUUUUGAUCGAACUAUUCUACCAAUUUGGCCAGUGGGCAUUGUAUAAGAAUCCACUUAUUUAUUGGUACCUUUAUUACAGGUAGACUUCUUAAGAUCUAGUCUAGAUCGAUAUCUACUUCUAGAUCUAGAAUCUAGACGUAAUCAGAUUUACGUAAAAAUAUAAGUAAAGCUUAGAUAGUCUAUCUAUAAACUUUAAGCUAUUUUAAAUUUAAUAAACAACUCAUUUAUCGGUACACUAUGGCUAUGGUACACUGAAUCUGACAUGUUUUUUUUAAUUGAAUAAUUUCAAUGAUAUAGAUCUAGACCUGUAAAUCUAGACUCAAAAGAGAAUGCACAAAAUUGUCCUGAACAUUAAUUUAAUUUAAUUAUUGAAUCAAUAAAGCUUUACAUUCGAAUAUUUCCAAACACGACAGUACUUUCAAGAAUGUGAUAGUCCUUUCAAAACCGAUGUUCAAUCUAGAUCUAUCUUGUCAAAUUUACAUUUAUUUAUUUUUUAAUUUAAAAAAUUAUAACUAUCAAACUAGAUUUUUCCCCUUGUGGCCAACGAGCUAGUAAUUCUCUUCUCAGGAAUAUACUUUUAAAUUUAUAGGAAAAUCGUAAUAGCCAUUUUUUAAAUCAACCUUCCAGGUUCCUGGUUCCAUGAAGUAUGAUGAAGUUCUGACUUGAAUAGAAUUAUUAUAAAAAAAAAAUUUCUUCUUUUAACUAAAUUAUAUCAGUUUUUUUUUCCUAACAUCAAAAGCUGCAUUAUUGUUCAGCCUUUAUAUUGAUCUAUUAUUUCCUCAAAGAUCAUAUGAUAUUAUAUAAUUGUUUUUUCCAUGGUCUUUUGUUUUUAAUAAUAUUUCCUGUUACAUUGCUCAAAGAGAUUCAGUUCAAAUCAAACUAAUGCCCACACAGACAUCAUAAUACUUAUGGAACAUUCAUGGCUUUAUUGAUUGCAUUAUUAAUACAGUAUUUGGAAAGCUGGCAAUUCUUAAGUUUAUUUACAAAUUACCAUCUCCAAGAAUAUUUUGUAACCAUUUAUUGGUGUAAAUAAAGAAAUCUGUGUGUAGGCCUACAUAUCUUGUUAGUUGCAAGUAUUUAGGCUUAUGCACUAUGUUUAUAUAUUUAAAAAUAUAAAUUUAGUAUCUCAUUUCUUGCUUUUCCAACAAAACUAACUUUUAUAUGCUUAAUUUGUUAAUGAAACUGUUUCUUUGUUGGAUUAUCAUCUUGUUGAUAUAGAUUUUUGUUUUGUUUUGAGACCAUUCUCAACUGUUCAUCAACAAUUUAUUGGUAAUCAUAAAACAUGUCAAUUUCAAUCUAGAUUUGGGCUACUGGGUUUUAUAUUAAUCUGACUUGUACACGUUUAUAAAUACAUCUAAACUUAUAAUAAUAUAUUUAGUUUUCCCCAUUUUUUUCAUGUUUGAAAUAUGAUGGAGUCUGUGCUUCAGGUGUGGCAGCCAUUUUCCCAACCUUUUAGUCAACAUUUAUUCAUUUACUCUCCAGGAAGUGCUGAAAUCUUUUUAGAAAAUAAAAGAAUUUAAUCAGCAGUUUUUUUGUAUGACUCAUUACUUUCACUUCGCCACUGAGGAUAUAAAAAUGAAAAUUUGUUGGCUAUCUGUUUGGAAGAAAAUGUAGAGUUUGCUACACCCAGCACUGGACACUGCAUGGAUUUUUAAUGUUGUUGAUUUGUGUAAACUUAAUGACUGACUUGACCAAGUUUAGUCUGAGUAGUUAACUCCAAGAUGUACACCUCAGUUUUGUAAUCAUAGAAUUUAUUACUUGUCAUUUUGUUGUUUGCAUUUGGCUUUUAAACAAAUUAGUGUAACAUUUAGCUUAGUAAUAAACUUAUUGUUGUAGCAUGAAAAAA